AUUGAUAGUAAUCGAUAUUUUGGAACUCUAGAAGAAUAUUAAACCAAAUUAUAAGCUCGCGCUGCGUAUGCUAUACGAUAAUAUAUAUAGAUCAAGUCUUUAACUUAUAUAUUUCCCGUCCCGACCAAGCGAUCCUCCUUCUAUCUGUUAGACACAUCCGCACAAAAUAAGUAGACCUUUUGUAGCCAUUCUCAAUGCUGUGAGUGUAUCAAAACCGAGUUCGACUAUCAAAACAGGAUAUUUGCGUGGACCUGCCAGUUACCACCCCUUCUAAAGGCCACAACACCGCAUGGUGCACACAGCAUCAUCAUAAAAGUCGCUAAAAGUUUUUCGCUUUUCUAUGCAACUUUUGUUGUACAAAAUGUAAACCCAACUGCCGACUAGUUGGGCGAACAAAAUGCAUGAAAGAGCUUAGGCAAAUGUAAUAACUAUCAUUACAUGGCUAAACAUUUUGUAGAUACAUUUGUAUUUACAGCUCUGGUAAUUGCGUAGAUACUUUGCUUGAAAGGAUUAUUUUUGACAAGAGCUGGUCGUUAACGAGUCGUUGCUUGCAAUGUUAAAUGAUAUUAAUAACGAUUUAUGAUUGUAUAAUUGGAUGUGAAUGAAUGUAUGUUAUUUGUUAAACAAUUGAACUGUACCCAGCAUUGAGGGCACGGAUCUGAUCAUACCUCAAGUAAAACGUCAGCACAUGGGCGCCUAUCUAUGUAUAGCUUCAAAUGGAGUCCCUCCCUCGGUGAGCAAGCGGAUAACACUUGUGGUGCACUUUCCACCCAUGAUCACAGUGCAGAAUCAACUAAUUGGCGCCGUGGAAGGCAAAGGUGUUACUCUGGAAUGCCAAUCGGAAGCAUAUCCCAAAUCCAUCAACUAUUGGACACGUGAACGUGGCGAAAUCGUGCCACCAGGCGGCCAAUACACGGCAAAUGUUACAGAAAUCGCCGGCUAUCGCAGCUCCAUGAAGCUGCACAUAAAUCCGCUGUCGCAGGCGGAAUUUGGCGCAUAUCGCUGUGUGGCCAAGAACUCACUGGGCGAUACAGAUGGCACCAUCAAGCUAUAUAGAAUACCACCAAAUGCCGUCAACUAUGUGGAGAACUUUGAGGCGCGACACAAAGGUAAAAAGCGCACGAAAAGCUCGGAAAUGUAUCAUUCGUCGAGGGCGCAGGAGCACAGCGGCGAGGACGCCGAGAAUCCCGGUAAGCGAAAAGCUGAUUUGAGUCUUAGUGCGGAGAGCAUUGACAGCAUAUAUGGAUCAUCGGCAGCUGCGCUGCGGCUAACCAGAAAAUCUGGACGAGUCUCCCUCAGCUGUCUGCUGCCCACCCUGCUGCUGCUGCUUUGGAUGAUGAGGACGACAUUGACGAGGCAACUGGGAAAAACUCAACUGGCAUUGUUGACACAAACACUGACACAUGUUUGACACAGACGCGAAGCGCCAACAGAGAUUAGACAGCAGCAACAGCAGCAGAAGAUGGAGCUGGCGCUGAAGCUGAAGCCGGAGCUGGAGCUGGAGCUGGAAUUGGAGGCGAUGGCAAUGCGAUGAUGGUGCUUGGGCUUGAUUGAGUUUGUCAAUGCCAAAAGCUGGUGCUGAUUUAUGGCACGUGGCUUAGUUAAAGUUGAACGAUAAAAAAAAGCAUAUAUCAUAAAUAAGUACGUAUAUUGUGUAGCUACUAAAUAUUAAGUCAACCAGGCUUCCUAAUCCCUACGCGUGCAUGUUCAAGCUGUUGAAUCUUAGCAUAAGUUUAGCUUAAACUGAGAAUUAUGUAAUAUAUACAUAUAUUUAAAAAUCAGAAGCAAAUAUAUAUAUGAUAAUGCAAAGGCAAAUCGUAUGGCACAUGUACAUAAACGUACAGCAAAGCGGUUUUUUUUAGAUUUUAGGUGUAAAUUUGUAUUAAGCCAUGUGGACAUAAUUGAAGAGACUGUAUGUGUGCAAAGUAACAUUUAAUUGCGGCUAAAUUGAAUGUUUAAUUAUUAUUGUAUUCGAUUAGGGCAACUAAUUUUAAGGCAAAGCAACAUUUAAUUAUAACUGGAGCGGUCUGAGAGCUGAAUAUAAUGCAAUUCAAAUAUGCGACGCAAGUCGAAACAUAACGAAAAUAAUCAACAACAAAAAUAUAGCAAAAGUUUACGUAGCACAUGCUCAGCAGCUGGCUGUGUAUGUGGCAUAUACCAAAAAAAAAAAAUAAACAUACUAUAUAUACCAAAAGAAAUAUUCAGUAAAUAUUCAAAUCAAGUUUUCGUUAGUUUCCAUUAAGUUCUACUCUUCAGCUUCCCAGCUCAACAUCCGUUCCAAGUCAACAAAGCAUUAUUAUACACACUAAAUAUUAAAUUUAUAAAAAAAAAAACUUCAUACAUAUCAUUUACUUAAUAUAAAAAUCACGAAAUAAAA